UUCCCUUCCCUUCCCGCCGCCGCCAUGGCGGCCUUGCCCCGCCACCGCCGCUUUCUCGGCGGCUUCGUCUGCGGGGCCGCGGCCGGGGCCGCCGCGUCCUGYUGGGCUGCCUGGCGGCUCCUUCGCAGCCAGAGCCAGCCGGAGCUGGGCCCCGGGCGGGCCCCGGCAGAGGAACCAAUAGAAGAGGCUCUGUUGGAAAGAUACGGAUUUCCUGAGGCUGGAACAGAGACCAGAUGUUACACAAAUCAUGCACUGUCUUAUGACCAGGCAAAACGGGUGCCUAGAUGGGUGAUUGAACACAUUUCAAAACAAAAGACAUUAGGUGAUGCAGAUCGAAGGCACUGUAAAUUCCGACCAGAUCCUAACAUCCCUCUGAUGUUCAGUGCUGUCAAUGAAGAUUACCUUGGCAGUGGAUGGUCACGAGGACACAUGGCACCAGCUGGAGAUAACAAAUUUUCAACAAGAGCUAUGGCCGAAACAUUUUAUUUGUCAAACAUUGUGCCUCAGAAUUAUGAAAACAAUGCUGGGUUUUGGAACAGAAUGGAAAUGUAUUGCCGGGAAUUGACUGAGAGAUUUGAAGAUGUUUGGGUGGUUUCUGGACCUCUUACCUUGCCUCAAACUAAUGGUGAUGGAAAGAAGAGUGUUACUUAUCAGGUCAUUGGAAAGGAUGAUGUGGCUGUACCAUCCCACCUGUACAAGGUGAUCCUUGCCAGACGGAGCAGAACGUCCUCAGAGCCCCUGGUGCUGGGAGCUUUUGUGGUGCCCAAYGAUCCCAUAGGCUUCAGCCACCAGCUGACGGACUUCCAAGUCAGUGUUGAAGAUCUGGAAAAAAUGUCGGGUUUAGUUUUCUUUCCCCAGGUGGACAAGACCAAAGAUGUUAAAAAUAUCUGUGAGGUGGAUACCUGCAAACUGAUGGGCUUCAAGGAAUUCACGUUGUACAUCACUGCCCGCAAAGUGCAGAGCGCCCGGACACUGCGCCGGCUGGAGAAAGCCAUGUCAGAGUUACAGGAGGCAGGAAUUGAGCCUGAUGAGUAUCUCCUCAAGCUUUACAAGAAGAAGGAGGAAGAACUGCUGCAGGAAAAACCAGUAGCAGCUAGAGAAGGGAGAGCUGGCUGAGUACAUGUUCAGGAAGCUGUUUGGGGUUUUGGAGCGGGGAACUGAAGGCAAACACAAAGACAAGGGUUCCUUGAAUCAUCUUUUUUUGAGUUGUGAAAACAAUAAAGAAAUAUUUGGAAGCUUGUGGGUUUGGAAUAAUGUUCCUUCUUGUGUAACGUGAUGCACAUGCGUGGUUUGCUGCAGUGGUUAGAUAUGGAGAGUGUAAAUGACCCCUUUCURUCCCUAAUAGAUCACUGGACCUCCAGGAAGGGCUUUGUGCUAUUUUCCAUCUGGGACGUCAGACUUAGGGUUUGUGUGGAAUCCCUUCCAGGAAUAUCACAAAAAUAGACAGUAGGCACCUUGGGAGUACGACUGGAACGUGUUUAAAUGGAAUUCCGCCCACAAAUGCCUUUCACUGCAGUGCUGUAGAAGCAAUUGUACUUUMUGGAAUAUUUUGAAAAUUGUGUUAAUGAAGAAAUAUUUCAUUUUUACUCUUUUAUUAGAGACCUGUAAGACAUAACCUGGUCUGUCCUUAGUUGUAUUAACCCAAACCUCUCCUGAUCUUGCGUGCUUUGGGUACUUUAGUAUAUCAUGAGCUCACAAUUGUUAUCAUUUGCGGCAUACUUAUUCCAUCAUGUAGAAUUCUGCAUUUUUUUUUGUAAGAAAACCCCAAUAGAACUGAAGUUUAUACAAGUGCCUACCAGYGUAGGCUGGGUUUUCACAAAUUAAUGUAACCUUAAUACUUAAUUUUAGUCACUAACUUUGGAUAAACAUGUUUUCUUCCAUAUUGUUUGAGAGGUGAGCACUGCUUGCGUUUUGGUUGUAGCCACUGGCUUGCUCCCCAACGCCUGCCUUUGGACUAUAAACUAUGCAACAAAACUUGUAUAUGAAAGCAGAAGAUUGACUGAAAAUGCAUUUCCACUUCUUUUUCAGUGGCAGCUGAUGUUACUCAGAUUUGCACCUGCUUGGAAGAUCUAAUGAAUUUUUUUUUUGUUACUUUUGUACUUUAUUUGGGUAACUUAAUGUGGCUUGUAUCCUUUGAC